AUGCCGGACUUCAAGCUCUCGGCCCAACUGAAGGGGCACGAAGCUGAUGUUCGUGCCGUUGCGUUCCCUUCCGCGAAUCUCGUUGUCUCGACCUCCCGCGAUAGAACCGUCCGUCUCUGGCGCAAGACUGCCCCGCAACCCCCGACAUUUGAUGAAACUAUCGCCAGCCAGGGACAUGGCUAUAUCAACUCGGUUGCUUUCUUGCCGCCAUCUUCGGAGUGGCCCGAGGGCCUAGUCAUUUCCGCCGGGUACGAGGCCAUCAUCGAAGUCAAGCGCCCAAGCCUAACUUCAACCGACAAUGCCGAUCGCCUUCUCGUAGGCCAUGGCCACAACGUCUGCACCCUUGAUGUUUCUCCGGCCGGGAAAUAUCUGGUGUCCGGAGGGUGGGAUGGCAAAGCCAUCAUUUGGGGAACGGACAAGUGGGAGCAGGCUGCCCAGCUUGCCCAUGAUGGUGAAGUGAAGACCAUCUGGACGGUCUUGGCAUUCGAUGAGAACACGGUCAUUACUGGCAGUGCCGAUGCCCACAUCCGCAUCUAUGACAUUCGAAAGGUCAACAAUAACAACGAAGUAGAACCAAGACGCACUCUCACAACCAAUUCCGUUGUGCGCGCCUUGUGCAAACUUCCAACUGGUCUGAAGAAGCACCCAAGUGGGGCCGACUUCGCCAGCGCCGACAAUGACGGCAUCAUCAGGCUGUGGAAGUUAGACGGUACAGAGGUCGGAGAACUGCGUGGCCACGACAGCUUCAUCUACUCCCUCGCUUGUCUUCCCAACGGCGAGAUCGUCAGUGGUGGUGAGGACCGAACAGUCCGGGUAUGGAAGGGGUCAGAGUGUGUCCAAACAAUCACGCACCCUGCGAUCUCAGUAUGGACGGUAGCCGUGUGCCCUGAGAAUGGAGACAUUGUGUCAGGUGCCAGUGACCAUACCGUCCGAGUUUUUACGCGUAACCCCGACCGGGCGGCGGAUGCUGAGGCUUUGGUCCAGUUCGAAGAGGCUGUUCGUACAUCGGCGAUACCACAACAGCAGCUUGGGCCUUCGAUCAAUAAGGAACAGCUGGAUCCCCACACUUGGCUCCAAACCAACGUGGGCCAAAAAGAUGGGCAAGUGAAGACGGUUUUGGAGGAGAAUGGCACAAUCGGUGCCUACCAGUGGUCACGAGGUGAGCAGCGAUGGGUCCAUGUCGGCACAGUCGUCGACUCGACUGGCAGCACCGGCCGCAAGGUUCCAUAUAACGGCCAAGAAUACGACUAUGUUUUCGACGUUGAUAUCAAGGAGGGGGCACCGCCACUCAAGCUCCCUUACAACCUUUCUCAAAACCCUUACGAGGCAGCAACCAAGUUCUUGGGUGACAACGAGCUGCCAAUAUCAUAUCUCGACCAAGUGGCCCAAUUUAUCACUUCGAAUACCCAAGGUGCGACGAUUGGCCAAUCCUCAGGGUUGGCUGAUCCGUAUGGGACAGAAGCCCAGUCCGCAGCUGAUCAAUCAUCACAACCGUCGACCAAGUUUUUGCCGCAUACAGACUACCUCGCCCUUACGGUAGCCAAGUCUGAGCCUGUGUUGAAGAAGCUCAAAAGCCUUAAUGAGAAGCAUAUUCUUGCUGGCAAUAAGCACAUUUCCAUGAACCCGAGUGGCCUCAACAUUGUCGAGCAUGCUCUCCAAGCUACCAUGGGAGUGCAAGCUGCGAGUCAGAAGGGGAAGUUACCCCCAGCGCUCAACGACGCGACCCAGAGCGUUUUGAGCAUCGCCACACAGUGGCCGUACAACGAUCGACUUCCUGCUCUCGACGCACUUCGGUGCUUGGUCACCUGGCCGGGUGUCUCCACUGUGACCGAUCCCAGAGGCGGCGAUAUCGCUAACACUGCGCUCAGAAGCGCGCUCGAUGUUCAGUCCCCAAUUCAAACCGACACCCCUUUAACCGAGUUAGCUCACGGGGUUGAUGUGUCUACCGUCAACCCCAACAAUGUCAUGAUGGCACUCCGGACCAUUACCAACCUGUUCACUACACUCGAGGGGAGACAGCUGGUUACAUCGGACGCUACCAACAUCACGACCGUUCUCGGCAGAAUUGCUGGUCUCGGAGAAGGCCUAAGUCCCAUUGGGGCAGAGAACAAUAACGUCCAAAUCGCCUUGACGUCCGCAAUUUUCAACUUUGCUUGCUUGGGCUUCAACGAACGCAGCACGGUCAACUUCACCGUCAUCUCCAACAUCUGUGAGAUUGCUGCGGCUGUUAUCAGCAGACAGAGGGAUGCUGAGGUCCUCUUCCGCGCAGUCAUGACGCUUGGCAUGGUUCUUUCCACCGGUGGCCAGGCCCAGCAGGUAGCCAAGGCCCUCGAGGUUGGGGAGGCGAUUGGUGAAGCGGCCAAGAAGUCGGGAGAGGAGAGGAUCAAGUCGUUGGCAAAGGAGUGCUAUGGUUAUCUGAGGCAAUAA